CAAUCUAGAUCACUGAAGUACAUAAUCUCCUUGACAUGUUCGAUGUUUUGUUGAAGUUUUUAUCUUAUCCGGAGCCUUUAUAAAUUCGUUUCGUUGCGAUCGCUCCGGUUAUUGUUAGUGAUACUUUGGUUUAACAGAUGAUAAUGAAGAUCAUCGGGGAACUGGCCCUGCUGGGCGCGAUCGCUUCGGUGUUCGUGGUGGCGGCCCAAGGUCGCGCUGCGGAGAGAGCGGCAGAAGAGGCCGCUGGGAGGGAGUACAUGAGGAACCUUGACGAACUGAUGGCGAAGGCCAACAACAAGAAGACCAUCGCCUCAUGGAAUUAUGAGAGUAACUUGACUACUUACAAUGAAGAGCAGUUGCUCAAAAUAUCCCUGGAACUGGCUGAAGACCAAAAAGAAUACUGGAAGGAAACCAUGAGCUACCUAUGGCACGAGUUCGAAGACGAAGACCUCAAGAGAAUGUUCCAGAAGUAUUCUCAGCUGGGGACUGCGGCUUUGCCUGAAGAUCUGAACGAGAGACUGAUCAUGGCUAUCAACAACAUGCAGUCGAACUACGCGAAGGCAACUAUUUGUGAUUAUAAGGAUAGGACGAAAUGUGAUUUGCAUGUCGAACCAGACGUGACAGAAAUCUUCGCCAACAGCAAUGAUGCCGAAGAACUGAAGUAUGCCUGGGUCGAAUGGCAUAAGGCAGCUGGAGCUCCGUCUAAAGGAAACUUCACUGAAUAUGUACAGAUGGAUAACGAGGCUGCCAAACUGAACGGAUACGACAGCGUCGCCGAAUGGUGGCUAGGUGAGUACGAGGAAGAAGACAGCGAGGACCAGUUCGCAGCCUUGUGGGCCCAAAUCAAGCCUUUGUACGAACAGAUCCAUGCUUACGUCAGGAGACAUUUGCGUCUCAAGUAUGGCGAAGAUGUGGUUUCUGCUAGAGGACCGAUACCAGCGCAUUUGCUUGGUAAUAUCUGGGCCCAGACGUGGAACAAUGUGGAGAAGUUUACUCGCCCAUUCCCUGAUAAAUCAGAUAUCGAUGUAACAGCGGCUCUGAUUGCCCAGAAUUUCACAGCACUGAAGAUGUUCAAGACAGCUGAAGAGUUCUUCACGUCUUUGAACCUGCAACCCAUGACUGACACGUUUUGGGAGAAGUCUAUUAUCGAGAAGCCUGACGAUGGUAGAGAAAUGGUUUGCCACGCCUCUGCAUGGGAUUUCUAUGAUGGUGAAGACUUCAGGAUUCGUCAGUGCACAACAAUCACGGAUGCAUUUUUCAAAACUACCCACCACGAAAUGGGCCACAUUCAAUACUAUCAACAGUACAAAGACCAGCCUGUGGUGUACCGAGCUGGAGCAAAUCCAGGAUUCCAUGAGGCAGUAGGAGACGUUAUUGCUCUGUCUGUCGCCACGCCAAAACAUUUGAGGGUCAUGGGCUUGUUGGAAGAUGGCCCCGAUGACCUUGAAUCUAACAUUAACCAACUUUAUAAAAUGGGCUUAGAUAAAAUAGUGUUUCUUCCCUUCGGAUAUAUCUUGGACCUGUUUCGUUAUGGCGUCUUCCGCGGGACCACUACCCCCAACGAGUACAACUGUCAUUUCUGGCAACUCAGAGAGUCCUUGCAAGGAGUCGAACCCCCCGUGCCAAGAACUGAGGAUGACUUCGAUCCCGCUGCUAAAUAUCAUAUUUCUGCUGAUGUUGAAUAUAUGAGAUACUAUAUCUCUUACAUAAUCCAGUUCCAAUUCCACCGCACGCUGUGCCAGCUGGCGGGCGAAUACACGCCAGGCGACUCCAGCAAUUUACUGUCCAACUGCGACAUCUAUAGGAGCACCGCCGCUGGUGACGCUUUAGGUAAAAUGUUACAAAUGGGCUCUUCGAGACCUUGGCCUGAUGCGAUGGAGGCCAUCACAGGCCAGAGGAAGAUGGACGCCAGUGGAGUCCUGGAGUACUUCGCGCCGCUGUAUGACUGGUUGAAGGCUGAAAACGAACGAAACAAUGAGUUCGUCGGUUGGGAACCUAGCACUGUCCAAUACUGCACGCCAGAGCAGAGAGCCGCGAUGGAAUCCUCAGGUUUCAACACCAGAGUGAAGAAAUACGCCAAUUUGUAAAUAUAGAAUGUUAAAAUAUUAAUAAAGUUAAUUUUAAUCAGAUGUA